GCCGCGUCUGAGUCGUUUUGAGCCGUUAAUUCACGAUUUCGUCUUUAUUCGUCUCCUCUGGGCGGAGCUAAUCAAAAUCCAAUUCUCCGAGCUUCUUCUUCUUCUUCUUCAAUGGUCACGAGUCUUCUUCUGCAGAUGUGUUCUGAAUCUCUCGUUUCACCUAAAGAUUCAGAUCCGAUAUGUUAUCUCUUCGAAACCUCACUACUAGCUUCGUCGCUCUUCCAUCUCGAUCUAAGCCGUCGUCACCGUCUUUGCGUCGUCGUUUAGUUCGUUGCGGACUUACAGAGGCGGCGGCAACUUUUUCGCCUCUUGAUGUAGUCUCCGGAGAGUCGGAACGAGCUUUCGGUAGCUUAACCGAGCUUCGAAAGGUGGAAGAAGAGGAGUUUUCCCCGGCGGAAGACGGACGUGAAGACGAUGACGAUCGCGAAGAGGAAGAGGAGGGGAUUUCAAGUAUCCAUGUUCCUCGUGAGAAAUACAUCAAUGUCUCCAAGUCUGAUCUCGUUAAUGGUAUUGUAACGACGCUUCUCGAUUCUCAAGACGGAGGAGACGCUGAUAUCUUCCUCCUCCUUUCCUCGUGUUUAGACUCUAUCCUUCACGCGGAGCAUAAGAGGAUUUUAGAACAAAUGAGAGCCGAUUUCGUCGCUACUCAAUCCCUUGAAGAGGUAAAGACUGGUGGUGACUCAUCCAGUGACGACGAAAGCUUUACUUCAGGUGGAGAAGUUGAUUCAGAGUCAGAGGACGAACUUAACUCGAAUGCCAAGAGAUCUGAACCUAGGAGUGUUAAUGGAUAUGAGGGUUUAUCAUUCCCUUUGGCUGAUGGGUUUGACAUUUGGAACUUUUUAAUAUCCUCUGGCAAACAUGCAAAGAAACGUUCUGCUGAAAGUGUAAUGGCUGCAACCCAGUUCCAGCGUUCUUUCAUUCAGCUUCUUGACAAUGCUGGCUUUGAAGAGCUUUCAGCAAGGGAUUUAGCAUUGACUUCGGCUCUGAAUACGGAUUACCUUCUUACUUUACCUGUAUACGUUGAUUGGAAGAAGGCGUCAGAGUCCAAUGCUAUUGUUUUCAGGCGUGGAUAUGCAACUGAGAAGGAGAAGGGUUUGUUACUUGUGGAGAAGCUAGACUAUAUCCAGUCUAAAGUUCUACAAGUAAUCUUCUCUACUAUUGCAAAGCCCCUGAGAAAAGUUGGAAAAUUGAUAAACAAGGCGUUAAGUGAGGCUUCUCAAACUCAAGAAAUUCAAGAUUUAUCUGAGAGAAUGAAAGUUUGGCUCAAGGAGCUAUCCGUUUUUAAGGAAUCAUAUUUCGACCAAACGUCUGAUAGUUUCUUGAAAGAGGGGUUCCGUCCAGAUUCAGUCCUCCCCAUACGGUUAGCAGCACAAAGGGCGGUCAGUCGAUAUGAGGGGCUUCUGACACCUGUUGGUCCUCGUGCAAAGCUCUUCAGAAAGUUGCUCGGAUGGAUUGGUUUCAUUUCUCCUGCUUAUGAAACACCAUCUCAGCUAGCUAAUGAUAGUAAUGCAUCUGAACCUUAUUUAAGGCCGAUAUUCUUAUCAAGGAUGACACUGGAUGAUAUAUGGAAACCUGCUUCAAAAAAAGCUUGUGGAAAUGAUAUUUGGAAAAGAAUGAAAACUUGGAUUUCCAUUCUUUUAUCACCGUCAACUCUGCAGGAACCUGCGUUUGAAGAACUAAUUUUGCUUUACACGAAGGAUGCGAGUGAAAAAGAUGAAAAGAGUAAAGAUGAAACACGAUCAUCAUUACAAUUAGAGAUAUUUGAAAGAAUUCCAAUUCCAGAUUUACCUGUAAUAUUCCCUCACAAGAAGCUUUACUUUCGCGUCAUAGAUACAGUACGUCUAGAUAUCGCCAGUAUUUUGGGACUUACAGCAUACUUUGUAAACUACAAGUUUGAGAACAUCUCAUCAUCCCCGUCAGCACUAUUUCUUGAUGUGAUUGCCGUCACUGCUCUGGUAAUUUAUGCAACACGUGUGGUUUUGGGUUACAAGCAGACAUGGGACAGAUAUCAAUUGCUAGUAAACAAGACGCUGUAUGAGAAAACCUUAGCCAGUGGCUUUGGCUCCGUCCAUUUCCUUUUGGAUGCCUCGGAGCAGCAACAGUACAAGGAGGCAAUACUGACUUAUGCAAUUAUUCUUCAAGCGGGAAAAAAUCAGAAUAUGUCUUACCAAGGAGUUCGAGAUAGAUGCGAGAGAUUCGUGUAUGACACUUUCAAAAUAAAGGUUGAGAUGCGAGUAGAAAAGGCUAUAAGCACGUUGGUAAGACUUGGUCUAGUAACAGAGACACUGGUCGAUAGCAACACCAAGCUACAGGCUGUUCCUUGUCCUCAGGCUUAUAUUUCUCUUAAAGAACUGUGGAACAGUCUGCUUGGUUGAAUAUAUUCCGAGUUCGAAAGAAGCCCAGAAACAAUUUUGCUAUAUAGAUCUUCAGUAAAUCCCGAAUAGGUUGUACAUAAACAGAAUCUACUAACAUAAGGUUCUUCUUCUCUUUAUGAUAUACAGUUAAAAAGCAUUA